AUGGAAGGGCCUCCCUCUUCUUCCGGCUCACCUACGACCGCGCUCGCAUCUGACGACGUGUCGAUGAAUCCACGUCUACCACCCGAUGUCGCCUGUACCUCGCCGCCGCGCGCGACGCCUCGUCCAACGAUGGCAGACGUUCUUGCUACGCAAGACAAUAUCCGCCGUGACCCCGCCGAGGAUGAUGCUGCACGCCGUCGCGUGGAGACGCCGAAGCCUCUCGCUAGUGACAUCGAAUGGAUCGAGCAUCAAUAUGCCACUGGAGGUGAUUGGUCGUUCAUCGCGUCUCGAAUCGACCAGGCGAGGCCCUAUGCUCUGCCUCGCGCCAAGUACGACAUGGUGAUUGCUACUGGUCGGACGCUCGCGAAGACUCCGCUCCAGAAGAUCAUGGUGUCACUUUCGGGUAAACACCACGGCAAUGACUCGCUUGAAGAUCUCUACCGUAGCCACGAGAUUGGCCAAAUCUCAAAAAUGCCUGGUGGUGACCUCCGUAUUAAGGUGAAGUCGAGGGAGGCUUGCUUACGACUCGAGCGCACGAAGGUGAACAUCCUCGGUGGUGUUUAUACUUUCAAGGAGUUCGACGUCCUCGGUGGCAAGUACUACAUCGAUAUCUCCAACAUGGACUCGGAUACGGACACCCAACUGAUUCUCCAUCGCCUAUUCCUGCUUGGCUGCAAGCCGGUGUACGACACUUUUCGUGAGGUAAACCUAGCGACUGGUAUCACGUCUGCCACUUGGCGCGUGUACUUCCUGACUGAGUUCAUGUCCACGUGCGCUGAUCUUGAACGGCAGUGUCUGUGA